ACCAACACACGAAAAAGAAAGCGAAAGAGAAAUAAAGGCAUUAUCAGGAGAUGUAGUCUUCUUGUUCGAGCAAAGCAGGCUUUGAAAGUGAGCUGGAAGCAUAACAUUCUGAUUUUUCCAGAAAAAUGGUGAUUAGUGGCGUGAGGUAUCAACACACAGGAGAGUGACCGUAAAUCUUCCUAACGGGACUACAGUAAGGCUGAACGGGUUGCAAGUAAUUGUGUGCAGACAUUGAUUCUUCUCAGAGAUUAGGUUGUUUUUUCACCCAUGCGUUAUAGGCGCAUGACAAUCAAAGAUGAGACGGGAACUGUUAGUGGAAUAAUGUUUGGGUUGUGUGCUGAAAAGUUACUGCUUAUGACAAGCAGGCAAGUCAUGGAAGUAGAAUCACAGGGGAAAAAAGCUUCAUUCCCAUACAUAAACAAGCGUCUUGCUAAGGAAGAGUACAUAGUCCAGUUGAGGUCUUCACUAGACAAUCGGAGUUCAACAAACAACUACCCACGCAAGGCAAGCACAUCUUAUGUCAUAACAUCUUUGCACGAGUCUUCACUACACGUGAUAAGGAUGGAUGAAGCAAAUGAUGCCGAUCACAUUGCACCCAGUGAAAGCACAAGCACUUCAACUCCUCCAGUGAAACGCAUCAAGACAGUGUGAUGCAAACUGCACAACAAUCUCAACCAUUCCACGACUCACCAAACUAUGUUACUACAUUCUAAUACUUUCAUUUUUGCAAUACUAUGUUCCAUUUUGAAUGUUAUCGCUCCUACAAGCAUAAACAUAUUUUCCCAAGAUACACUACAUUUGUUUGCAAUGAUACAAUAUUAUGUCUAUUUCUUCCCAUUCUAAUAAAUUACACACCA